CUCGUCCAUCGUGUAUUUCGACUUUAUAACUUCUGUAACCAGCGGGACUUUUCAGAAUCGCGAGGAUAGACUCAAACGAAGUGGGUGGUAAAAUGUAUUACUUUUGUUGCAAAUGCAAUGAGGGGCUAAUGACAAAAUAUGAUGGUUUGGAUACUAUGAUAUCCACCGAAAUGAACACAAAACCUAAGUGAAUCCUCUGAAGAAUAUUAACGGUGACUGACUAGGACUGCUGCCAUGUGACUCUAGCAAUCCAACAAAAAUUUCUGCCGUAUUUCUUCCCAGAUUCUCAGAAAUUACACGCGUUCGUGUCAUCUGAUAAUUUCACAUGGUUUCGUCGCGUCAUACGGUCUAUCCUGCUGCCUAUAACUUGGAUGCAUUCAAUACAACCCUCUCUUGUCCGCGUGUAAUGUUGCUCAGUCUUCUUCUCUUUUCUCUAGCUGCCUUGGUCCUUGGUGCCCCCACGUUGACGGACCUUUCGAUUGGGGACAUCAUCAACAGCCUUGGGAUUGGCCUAGUCGCCAACAUUACCGUGACCAUAACUCUGGAAUCCCUCGAAACCAACCUCGUCGAUGUCGCAUUCACCGUGAAGAAUCCCCUCCCCAUUGAGCUCACCCUCGAGCGCGUUGCAAGUUCCGCUGGAAUUAACUCUACCGAAUACGCCUCCUUUGACCACACCUUCUCCGACCCCCUCGUCGUACCCAUCUUUGGUACGGCAGAUUCCGGCGUGAUCGAGAACGUAUUGCUCACCCAAGGCGCGUUGGCCUCGCUGUCUAUCAUUCCUCUGGGGUAUCUGGAUCUUCUUAAUACCGAUGUCAACCUGCAGGCCGGCACGAUUUUUGGGCAAUUGGGAAUCCCGCUGAACAUUACGGGGCUCAAGCAAGAGAAGGUCCCAACGACUUACGAGCUUUCUUCAUAAUGUCGUUACAACAAUACCCAGAAAUCGUGUUUCCGUGUAUCCUUGUAUCCAAAUUAGCCAUCACUUGACGCCAGUCUUGCACAUGCUAGAAUGUCAUUUUAGUGUGGCAUUUCUCAACUUCUAUUGCUUUUGGC